GUUCACCGUUAUUUUUAGCGCCGAGUACCUGUUACGGCUGUGGUCUGCGCCGAUCGCUUACCCGUCACGGUGGGACUUUUUCAAAGAACCUCUCUGCUUCCUGGAUCUGCUGUCGGUAUUGCCUCUCUAUCUGUCGGUAACCGGCGUACACAUUCCGGCCCUCCGCGUUCUGAGGAUAUUCUUAUGCUGUGGGUACUCGUCAAUGGGUAUGAAUGUGAUCAAUUUGACUACUCUCGGAAGUUUUCGCUCCUUUGUAACUACUACUACAGUACAAGUCCGCUUCUAGAAGUAAUUGAUUCUACUUCUUGUACUUGAUAAGUCGUUGACUACUUACAGAAGCGACCUUUCUCUCCCAUAACCAACCUCAAUAAAGCUCCUCUAGGUUGUUUUCUAAGCUUGCGGCUGAUCAAGAUCUUGCGUUGGUUCAAUGCGGAUGGACUUUAUUUGAUGCAUCAGACGUUAUUACGAUCCGGCACUGGGAUUUUCAUCCUUCUCUUCUUUUUGUCAGUUUUUCUCUGCCUGUUCUCGGCGCUGAUCUACUAUGCGGAGAAAAUGGCCUGCCCAGAUUUCGCGAAUAUGGACCCUGUCGAAUUGGCGGACUACACAACGAAAUGAUAUGCUCCAUGACAUUGACAGCAUCAGGAGGUCAUAAAGAUUUCAUCAUCAUCGUUCUUUUCAACUCAAAACUUCUAGCUGUGCUUGUCAUCUUACUUCUGCUUGCAGUUCUUGGUCUUGAUAUCGUUGUGGAUCACUCAGCUGAAGCUGCGUUACUAAGAUGCGUAGUGACUUUCCGGCUGCACCAUGAUAAGCAAGCAGUGAGCAGGACAAAGAAUUCAUAGGAACCGUUGUUUACUGUAGUUGAUGAUGUUGUUAUAUACAGUUAAAUGGAUUCUCCUCUAAGACCUCGCAGUGUCCAACACUGGAUGGACAGAACAGCUUCACUUAAGGCUACCGCUGAAGCAUCGUCAACAACAUCCUUGGCUUCUUUCUCAAGGGGAAGAAGGCUCAGGGUUGGGGUCAAGGAUGCGGCGUCGUAGCUCUAAUUCACAUUGCGCGAGGCGCAUCUUCAUCAGGGACAGGGGGAGCAUUAAGGCUACCGCUGAAGCAUCCUCAGCGUCAUCCUUGGCCCUUUUUCUACUUGAAAAGCGGGCCAAGGAUGCACCCAGAAAUGCUAACGCGGUACCUCUAAGAGCAGUUCCUCCAACGGAAACCCCGAUGCUUUGCUGUAACCCACGAACCGAAGCCGCGAACACCUUUCCCAGCGUCUUAUCUGCAGCUUGGUGGUCGAUCGUUACCAUGACAACUGUGGGCUACGGAGAUGUGGUAAGCGUUAUCGUGGAUCGACUACAGAGAUGUGUCAAAUGAGUAAUAGACUCUUUUGCAGCACAUCCAAUCAGGCGCGAUCAGGUGUAUCUUCUUUGUGCUUCGGAUGCGAGUGGCAUGAAAGGAUAGCACAAUGAACAUCGGAAACAAAAGUCUAAAUAUUCAAUGAACUCCUCACUUCCUCCGCCCUCACCACAACUAGGUACCUGUAACGCAUCUUGGGCAAGUGAUCGGUGGUUUAACGAUGUUGAGUGGAAUUUUAGUCAUUUCCAUGCCUGCAGCUAUCAUUGGUUCGAAAUUCCAGGAGGUUCUCGAGGAGUACGAGUUACGUCGAUAUCAACGCUCUGUCGCGCCUGCGAACAUUAAGGCUACUGAGUGAGCACCCUCAACAUUAUCCUUGACUGUUUCUUUUCUUAGGAGAACAAAACGAGAUCGAGAGCAGAGAUGCGGAUGCUCUCAACGAUGCGAAGGCAGUACGUAGCUCUAAGAUCAAAGAGAGUGCACGAUCGUCAAAACGAUCCUCGCAGGACGGGCCGCGACUGUCAUUGGCAUCCGUGCAAGGGCCAGGUCCAGGACUGGUUCCGGAACCACUGGCGCCGCCUGGUGUAGAGG